UAACUGAAGCUGGCUUUGGUGCUGACAUUGGGAUGGAGAAAUUCUUCAACAUCAAAUGCAGAGUCUCUGGCUUGGUUCCCAGUGUGGUUGUACUUGUUGCUACAGUGAGGGCUUUGAAGAUGCAUGGAGGUGGGCCAAAUGUAACUGCUGGUGCCCCCUUGAAGAAAGAAUACACAGAAGAGAACCUCCAGCUGGUAGCUGAUGGCUGCUGUAAUCUACAGAAACAAAUUCAAAUUACUCAGCUCUUUGGAGUUCCUGUUGUGGUUGCUCUAAAUGUCUUCAAAACUGACUCUCCUGCUGAGGUUGAUCUGGUGUGUAAGAUUGCAAAACAAUCUGGAGCAUUUGAUGCUGUAGCCUGCAAUCACUGGUCAGCUGGUGGUAGAGGAGCAGUAGAAUUAGCUCAAGCAGUGGAAAAGGCAGCCAAUCAGAAAAACAGUUUCAAAUAUCUCUACAGCUUGGAGCUUCCUAUUGUUGAAAAAAUAAGGAUCAUUGCUCAGAAGGUGUAUGGAGCUCAGGAUAUAGAAUUCUCUCCCGCUGCACAGUCACAAAUUGAUUGUUACACCCGGCAGGGAUUUGGAAAUCUUCCCGUUUGUAUGGCAAAAACUCACCUAUCCCUCUCCCAUCAGCCUGAGAGGAAGGGCGUUCCUACUGGUUUCAUUCUGCCAAUUAGUGAUGUGAGAGCUAGUAUUGGAGCUGGAUUCAUCUACCCUUUGGUAGGAACGGCAACAGCUAGCCUUAGGAGUCCUGACUCAAAGGAUGGGAAGCUGGAAAAGACCGGUGGGAUAUUUUUGCAAACAGCUGGACUCGGUAAGCAAAAGGUGACCUUCUUGCUGCGGGCAGUUGCUGCAACUGUAAUAUUGAUACAAGAGGUGAGGAAAUUGACUCUGGGAAGGACUAUCACAGUUUAUGUCCCACACUUGGUAGCAACAGUUUUGGAACAAAAGAGGGGACAUUGGCUAUCCCCUAGCAGAAUGAUGAAAUAUCAAGUGAUAGUUACUGAACAAGAUGGUGUCGUUUUAAAAACAACUAACCUUGUGAAUCCUGCAGUGUUUUUGAGUACCUCACAGGAAGGGCAGCAGCUGGAGCAUGACUGCAUUGUGACCAUCAAGCAUACAUACUCCAGUCAGGAGGAUCUGAAAGAUGUUCCCCUUGAGAAACUGGACUGGAAACUAUUUGCAGACGGCUCUAGUUUUGUUUUGAAUGGAACUCACCAUGCUGGAUAUGCAGUAACAACUGAAAAUAUAGUGGUGGAGGCACAUGCACUGCCUGUCACAACCUCUGCACAGAAGGCGGAGUUGAUCAUAUUAACCUGA